AUGAUCAGCGUGUUUCAGAACGAAUUAAGCUGCGAGGAUAGAGGAAGGCUGAGAACGGAUGCAAACAAAUUGAAGUGGAAGAUUCUGAAGAGCGGAUCGUUUCAGGAUGCCUACAAGAAGCGUCUUGUAAUUUUCUGCACAUUAACUUCUUCCGCAGUUCAGCGAUUAGCGCAAGUAAACUGGCAUCCAGAUGUCAUUAUCAUCGAUGAAGCGGCUCAAGCCUCCGAACCUGUAGCUUGGGCGGCAAUAGUACAAGCUAGAAGAUGCGUCUUAGCAGGUGAUCAUGCGCAGCUUCCUUCGACAAUACUGUCAACAGAAGCACACAAAGGUGGACUUCACGUCUCCCUAAUGGAAAGACUUGCCAAGGAAUUUUCGAAUGCUAACAUAAAUCAGCUACUUACGACACAGUAUAGAAUGAAUGAGAACAUUAUGCAAUGGUCUUCGCAUGAAUUCUAUGAUUCUAGAUUGAUUGCAAGUGAAGCUGUUGCGAAGAUCACAUUAAGGUAA